UGUACAGCCGGAAAACCAUUUCUCGCCGGAAAAAAAUGGGCAGUUCAGAGUGCCAUGUAGCGGUGCUAGCCUUCCCGUUCGCCACCCACGCGGCCCCUCUACUGAGCCUCGUGGAGCAGCUCUCCGCCGCCUUUCCAAGCGCACGGUUUUCUUUCUUCAACAAUCACGACUCAAACUCCGGUCUGUUCAGAGGGCGGAACCCGGGCGCCGGGAACGUGAAGGCGUACGACGUGUGGGAUGGGACUGUGGCAGGCGAGGCAUUGGUCACCCACGAGGAGUUCAUCAUGGCGAUGCCGGGUAAUUACGUGAAGGCCAUAGCGGAAGCGGAGGCGGAAACAGGGACCAAAUUUGGGUGUUUCUUGACGGAUGCGUUUCUGUGGUUCGGCGGUGACUUGGCGGCGGAAAGAGGCGGCGUUCCUUGGAUCGUUCUUUGGACCGCCGGAGCUUGCUCAAUUUCCGCUCACUUGUAUACCGAUUUUGUCCGUAGUUUAGUCGUCGCCACUCCAACCGCAAAUGGAAACGAGGACCGAAUUAUAUUCUUUUUGAGUUCGAUGGCUCAAUUGCAAUUUGGUGCGCAGUUGAGUGGUCUAUUUGACCCUGAUUCCAAAAAGAAAUAUGAUCUUUAA